GCGGACUUCAGACGGGUCGCGAGGUGCCUGAGGAGCGCGCGGGGAAGUCCGCGCCGGCAGGCCGGGGCCUCGCCUGCGCUACCUCCCUACCACCCUUAUCCUUAUCCACGAAUAUCAAAGGAAUAAGCCAGCUGAUCUCGCCUCUUCCUGUGGUGAAAAUCCGAGGACCCUGGCGACAAGGGACCCUGCCCAAGUGCUUUCUGGUGUGAACGGGGGAUUUUGAAAAGUCUCCCACAUUGACCUUGCUGUCACAUCUAGCAGUUACAAGUGCCUCAGGCUUCUGAGAACUUGGCAGACACAGAUUAGAGACACCCACCAGCGAGCUUCGUUGUUCUCUUUCUGGGAACUCAUUCCCAUGAGAGCAGAACCUCUGCGAAAGAAGAAGAAGGUAGAUCCUAAAAAAGACCAAGCAGCAAGAGACCGUUUGAAAAAGAGGAUUCGACGACUGGAAAAGGCUAGCCAGGAGCUAAUUCCUAUUGAAGAUUUUAUUACACCUGUGAGACUCUUGGAUAAAGUGAGACAGCGGCCUCAGGUCGAGCUCACCUUUGAGGAGAGUGAGCGGAGAGCUUUGCUUCUGAAGAAAUGGUCCCUGUACAAGCAGCAAGAGCAUGAGAUGGAGAGAAAUGCCAUCAGGUCCAUGCUUGAGGCCCAGCAGGAAGCUCUGCAGGAGCUGCAACUCACAUCCCCGGAGCUCCAUGCGGAGGCCAUCAAGCGAGACCCAAGUCUGUUUCCCUUUGAGAGAGAAGGUCCAAAUUACACACCACCUGUCUCCAACUACCAGCCCCCUGAAGGCAGGUACCACGACAUCACCAAAGUGUACACACAGGUGGAGUUCAAGAGGUAGAGCUGCAGGGAGCUGUCUGAACAUGCUGUCCUUGUGCGCAAGAACCAGGGCUCAAGCCUGCUUUUCACGCAAUUAGGCAUGCUGUGAAUAAAUGUAAAUUUAAUCAAG